CUCGCUAUCUAUCCGUCUUGUUUUCUCGUAUCUGCUCAUCAUCCUAGCCGAGCUUUUGACAUAAACACACUGUUCGUGGUUUUCCUUUAGAAUGUGCAUCCGUCGCUCGUCUUUCUUUUUAUUGUCUCUCACCAUCCCAUCCAUCUGCGUAAACCGGUUGUGAACCUCUGACGUGCAUGUUUUUUGUUUGUCAUAAACUCCCUAAGUAGUCUCUGUUUUCAGGCCUAGCUUGUGCUCAGCGCUCGAGCUCAAAAGCAUCAAUCGCAGACCACAAACCUCUUCAAAACAGCAAGCCGUAACAUUAACCCACUCUCACAGUCAGGUUUUUGCAGGGAUCCUGACGAUUUAACGGUGAACAGGCACAGAAACGGGCAGCUCCUGGGUCUCCAGUGUGGCUGCACUGCAGCACACAUAUUAUGCAGGGUGACCGGAACCGGCUGAAACCGGUUUGAGGCAGACGAGGAGGCACGGAAACAAUACAGUCACUGUGCUGCAGCCAGAUAGCCGACCGCUGCAUGGCAGCCAGAAUGGCAAAGGGGUCUUCAGACGUGACGCGGCCCCAGGCCGGGACAUCAGAGACUUUUUGCACACCUUAACAUGUUAAUGCACGUCAGGGCCGAGCUGGCUGCCAUGAGCCGAAUCUAUCCCGCGUGCAAACUCGAUGACCGGCUGUAGGGCCAGGUCACUGUAAUUUGUGUUCACGGUGGUCACUAUGCACAAUGACCGUGGAGUGCUGGAGUGUUUCCUGGUGGGCCUUUCCUUGUGCAAAAGUGGAUUUUUUUCCCUCCGCUGUAAGGGAGGAGGGAGGUGGUGGUUUUUUGUGGAGGUGGAGAAGAGGGAGAAACAGAAAGAAUAAAGGAAGGAAGGAAGGAGAGAAGGGAAGCAAGAUUGCUUUGCCGUAGAUUUGUCGGAACGCCGAGGGUGAGGAGUGGCUCUUUGCAUGUUUCCACUUCUGUGUUUUGCAUUGUUGUGUGUUUGUUCUUAUUAGGCCUUGUUCAUGCAACAUGAGCAGAAUCUGCCAUAAAAUCUGAUAUCCUAUUUAAUCGAACAAGAUUGUUUAUGUAAAUAUGGUUUUGCACACGGUUUACACAUACAGGUUGUGCUCGUGUUUGUGAGUAAGGCCCAUUGUGUGCAUUUUUCUGUCGUGUUUUCAUAAACAGACCACUGUGCCUGGUUUUAAAUACCCUUUUGAUCAAAAACAAUAAAUCAGAGGCUAAGAACCACAUUUGUUUUUCUACAAAUGACACCGUAGAUUAAAAUCAGCAGCACGGGUGCAUGGCUAUAAAUUUGUUGAGGCCUCAUACCGGCUUUGACACUUCGAUGUCAUUUCAACCUCUUUUUAUUGAUAUUAUUCUCUCAUUCUGUCUCCGUCCUUUUGUUUGUUGCUCCUCGGCUUACAAUCCUCACCACAUUGGCUCUAUUGUUUGCUGGGAAGGCCGUCUUGGCGCUGCGGAUCCUGUGCGUGCAGAUGUUAUGAGCUGUAAUGGAGGCAGGGCUGCUGUGCACUCUUCCAUUUCAAGAGAGAAGCAGAAGCGAAAGGGGUUUUUAGCUCAAUCUCAUAAGACCAUGGGCGACAUGAAAACCCCAGACUUUGAUGACCUGCUCGCGGCCUUUGAUAUUCCUGAUAUGGUCGACCCCAAGGCUGCCAUUGAGUCCGGCCAUGAUGACCAUGACGGACAGGUCAAACACAAUGUCCACAAUGAAGAUGACUCUCAUGUCACCUCUGGUCCAGACGUUGGGGUAAGUGUUAUUGUGAAGAACGUCCGGAAUUUCGAUGCUAUCGAUCAAGAUUUCUCUGAAAAAGACGUCCACCCCACUGUCGGAAAUGGACUACACAAUGGCUUCUUGCCCAUGUCACCCAACAACAGAUACAGCAAGGAAAGCAACAAGCUUCAAAGGACUGAAAUUCAUGGGAUGGCUGGGAAUAUCGCCACAUUCAACCAGUUUAGCCCCAUCUCAAGUGCUGAGGAGUUUGACGAUGAUGACAAGAUCGAAGUAGACGACCCUGCAGACAAACAGAGUAGUUUACCUUUCAGACCAAAUCCUCUAACUGGUCUGAGCACAAAGACAGAAGAGCGCCGUUCUCAACAUGCCAAACCUGCCACACCAGAAGGCCCAUCAAAGCCUAAAACAAACAGCAACUACAAUCAUAGGAAAGAUGAGAAUAAUAGUUCCAAUGGCUUUUUGGGAAACUCAAAGCUAAGUGACUCUCAAAAAACAAGAAAACCUGAGGAGCAACCCAGAGAAAACCUACGAUUCCAAGAUGCAAAAGAGCACAAAGAAUCAAUUGCUGGGUUGAAUGCAGCAAAAGCUAAAUCAUCUGCAAAGCUCUCGUCCUGCAUUGCUGCAAUUGCUGCCCUUAGUGCAAAGAAAGCUAACACAGAAGCAAACUCUCCAGAAACCCUUACCACACCUCAAGAUUCACCUAGAGAGACAAAAGAGACUCCGAAAGUUACAGAGAAACCUUCAGGACAGGAGGUAGCUCUGGAGCUUCCCAAGAAAGUGCUCUCCAAACAACCUGAAAGCCCAUGCAGUGUAACGAGUGAAAGCAGUAGCAAAGGGUCUCCUUCAUCUCCAGCGGGGUCAGUCAAGGUCAUCCCUAAAGUCCGCAUCAAAACCAUCAAGACAUCUUCUGGGCAGAUCAAGAGGACAGUCACCAGAGUUUUGCCGGAGUUUGAUCCUGAAGGAUGGAAAAAAGCUAUUGAAUCUUCAUCCAAUGUCGCCUCAUCCCUGCCACCCUUCGUCUUCUCAUCUCCCACCAAAACAUCUCUACCCACCACAGUAUUAGCAACGUCUGGAGGUUCUGCCAUUGAAGUUACAAAACAAAUGACCAUCAAGCCGGUGGCCACUGCCUUCUUGCCAGUCUCAGCUGUAAAGGCGGCCGGUUCCCAAGUAAUCAAUCUUAAGCUUGCCAACAAUACGACAGUGAAAGCCACCGUCAUACCGGCGGCAUCUGUUCAGAGUGCCAGCAGUGCCAUCCUCAAAGCUGCUAAUGCCAUUCAGCAACAAACUGUCAUGGUGCCUGCUUCCAGCCUAGCCAACACCAAACUCGUGCCAAAGACUGUUCACCUAACCGGCCUAAAUCUCCUGCCCAAGAAUGCAUCAGCAGCUGAGCUCCACAAGGUUUUGACCAAACCCCAGCAACCCAUUAAGCAAUCCAUGUUGGUCCAACAACAGCAGAAGAAAGUGUCCCGAGUUCAAGUUUUAACCAGUUCCCAGAGCUCGGUGGUGGAGGCCUUCAACAAAGUUUUAAGUAGCAUAAACCCUGUGCCAGUUUACGUACCCAACCUCAGCCCUCCAACCGCUGCCUGUAUAUCCUUACCGUCCCGAGGCUACAGGUGCUUGGAAUGUGGUGAUUCUUUCGCCCUGGAAAAAAGCCUUACACAACAUUACGAUCGUAGAAGCGUCCGCAUAGAGGUCACUUGCAACCACUGCGCCAAGAACCUGGUCUUUUACAACAAGUGUAGCCUUUUGUCUCAUGCCAGGAGCCACAAAGACAAAGGUGUUGUCAUGCAGUGUUCACAUCUCAUCUUGAAGCCGAUUCCUGCUGACCAGAUGAUCUUAGCGCCCUCUGUAACCUCCAGUGCUCCCAUGUCUUCGUCUAACCUUGGAUCAACUAUAGGAGGGAGUCAGGGGAAAGGGAACCCAACCACGGUGAUCUCUGCCCCUUCUUCGGCCCCUGUUACGGCUGCAAUGCCGCUGGAAAAGGACUCCUCUAAGGUCUGCAGAUCGACUCUAAAGUGCUUGGAGUGUAAUGAGAUGUUUCAGGAAGAGUCAUCACUGGCAUUGCACUACCAACAGGCUGUUGAGUCCAAUGGACAGCAGAAAACCUGCACCAUUUGCCAAAUGCUGCUGCCAAACCAGUGUAGUUUUGCCUCCCAUCAACGGAUCCAUCAACACAAGUCUCCAUAUAUCUGCCCAGAGUGUGGAGCUAUCUGUCGAUCUGUCCAUUUUCAGUCUCACGUGACCAAGAACUGCCUGCACUACACACGCAGAGUCGGUUACCGCUGUGUACACUGUAGCGUCAUCUUCGCUGAUGUUGCUGCUCUCAAGUCGCACAUUCAAGGAUCCCACUGUGAAAUCUUCUACAAAUGCCCCAUCUGCCCCAUGGCUUUCAAAUCGGCACCUGGCACACAUUCACAUGCCUAUACCCAGCAUCCAGGAGUUAAAAUCGGAGAGCCUAAGUUGAUCUACAAAUGUUCCAUGUGUGACACAGUUUUCACCCAGCAGACGUUGCUCUAUACGCACUUCGAUCAGCACAUAUCUAAUCAGAAAGUGUCCGUCUUCAAGUGUCCUGACUGUUCCACGCACUACGCCCAAAAGCAGCUCAUGUUGGAUCAUAUCAAAUCCAUGCACGGCACCCUAAAGACCAUUGAGGGCCCUCCCAACCUGGGGAUCAAUCUUCCUCUCAGCUGCAAACCCACCAAUUCCAUGAGCCCCAACAACAAGGAGAGCGGUUCUGUCAACAGCAAUGAGAAGAGAGAGAGGAAGCCGUCAUCACCAACAAAGAAGAACAGUAAUGGAACAGACCUUCCCAAAAAAGUCCAUACUUCCACCUCCUGUCCCGGCUGGACCUGCGGGGAGUGUGACCGCCUGUUCACACAAAGAGAAGUCUUCAUCGCGCACAUGAAGAGGGAACAUGGGAAGCAACUUAAAAAGCAUCCCUGCAGACAGUGUGAAAAGUCCUUCAGCUCCUCUCACAGUUUGUGCAGACACAACAGAAUCAAACACAAGGGCCUGCGGAAGGUCUACUCAUGUCUACAGUGUCCUGAACCCAGUCGCACGUUCACGAAAAGACUGCUGCUGGAGAAACACAUCCAGCUCAUGCAUGGCAUCAAAGACGCGGAGGCCAAGCUUCCGGUGGUGGAAGAAGCCGCUGAGGACAAAGAGCAGGUACCCCGUCCCAAACGCAAGCUCCACUCUGAAGAUGAGGAGCCCGGGGGUGAAGAAGAAGCCGAGGAGCCUGGAGAGGAGGGGGCACCCGUUAAGACCUCACCCUCACAACCUUUAAAGAAACUUAAGAUCAACGUAUUCAAAACACACAAAUGUGCCGUGUGCAGCUACACCACCGAAGAUAUCGUGCGUUUCCACGAGCACAUUCCCCAGCACAAGACCGAUGUCUCGUCGUACCAGUGUCGCGAGUGCGGGCUUUGCUACACCUCGCACCGUUCCCUCGCACGGCACCUGUUCAUUGUGCACAAGCUAAAAGAGCCGCAAGGAAUCGGACGUCACAACGGUCAACAGGAGAACACCCCAAACCCUGAGGUCAAUGACGGUAUCCCAGAUACUCAAUGCAAAGUGUGCUCGAAAACGUUUGAAACGGAGGGAGUGCUGAACACACACAUGCGGACACACGGAAUGGCCUUUAUAAAGUCUAAACGGUUGAGCGCAGCGGAAAAGUGAGAGCGAGAGGCAGUGCCCCCUGGUGGACAGAAGGAAUUACUUGUGUCAUAACAGAGACUGUUGAGAAGCUUUUCGUGUCAUAUUUCUUCACUCUUGCCUCUUUGUAUGCGCAUCUGUUGUGCAUACGUAUACAUAUAUAUAUAAAUACAAAUACAUAUAAAUGAAAUGUAUAAAUCUAUACACACCAGAGACGGUGUGUUUAAAGAUGUGUAAUAUAUUCAGAUUUGAUUUAUGCGUAUUUAAUUAUCUACAAGAACACAUUUUGUAUACUUUAUGACGUUUGUAUGCUUGUUGGAUAGAUCUUUUUUAUAGAUUCUUUAUUUCUACUUUAGACUGUUCUCAAUGUUUUCUGAUGUGAGACGAUAUCAAAGGCUACGUCUCGAUCUUGGGAUGCGCAUUCAUUCCUGAGUCACUGCUGCUAAAAGCGCCCAGAAUGUCACAUUACAAUUUCUCUCAGUGAGACAAUCAGUCAAAAACCAACAAAACAAAUGCGAAUUGUGUCUCCUAAUGCAGUCGAGGAAUUGUGUUGGCCAUUGUGUUACCAAAUGGCAUUUGGUUUAGUGUCGAAAGGUUUUUGUUUUAGUCACAUUUUUGUUCUGUGCAUUAGUCGUCGUUUGAAAAACAAUACAACCCGACGGACUUUACAUACGUCUACCACUGCCAAGAGGUCAUAACGUUAAAUCUAUAUGUGCUUUCUGAUUUCACCGUGGUGUGAUGCACAAACACGGUUGGUAUCUUUACGUUAUUUGUUUUCUUGAGCAAAUGUUUCAAAUCAUAAUUUUGUGGUUAUGUUGGAUGCAUUUGUUUCUUGAAAUAGGCGACAACGUCUCAACUUCAGCUUUUUAUCAAGAACAGCGUUUUGCAGAUAUGUUCUUUUACCUCACUUUGGACGGCGGGUUUAACAAAACCUAUACGUCCCUUAGUUGGCUUUAUGGACCGUUUUAUUUACACCAAAGUUUUACCCAAUUACACAUGCUCUUCAAAGUGAGACACACCACUCUUAGUUGUGUGUUUUCUGGUUCUUGAAAUCAGUAAAAGUGCUUUAAUAUCGUGCUGUGUGGUCGAGUGCCUCUGGUGCUUGAAAGCCAGGUGAAGAUUAGACAUCAGCGUCCCGGUUUUAUUUUGAUGGCAAAUCACGAAUGGAAAGUGUUCGAAGGUGUGGAGUUUCCCAGACGCGUUUGUUUGGCCACGAUGUUAAAAAAGGACUAAAGAGCGAGAAGUUACAAAUCCUGCAUUUACUAUAAAUGAAUGUUUUGGGGAAAAUGUGAAACAGGCUGUUUCUUUGUAUUUUGUUCUCACACUACUUCCUCUCAAGUCAGCUGUCUGCAUAUUUUUAACAUAACAAGCUGAACAAUUGUGAAGCUAUCUUUUAUUUCUUGGAUUUCAAUUGUCCUUGAUACAAUCUUUAUACAUCACAUGUCGGUUCAUUUACCUUUUUUCUGUUUGCAAGCAUAUGUGCAUGAGAGAUGCAUUAAUGGUGUUUGUUCUAUUUUAUAGAAUGUCUUUGCUGCUGUUCGGUAGAUAUGUUCUAUGUUUGUGAAAAAAGCAGUUAUCAUUAAUAAAUGAUACAUA